AAAUGACCUUUUGACACUAUCCCUCAAGAAGUUUCUACCACUAGACGUACUAUAUCAACGACAAGACCAUCUAAUUGCCUCAAACGCCUUCAGAGAUGUCAUCGAUAUAGCCAACCUCCCAUCCGCAAGCUUCGAUCGACCCGGCCAUGUCGUUUGACGAUGACGACGACGACGAGUUUGGAGGGGACGACCUGUUCUCCCACCCGGACCUCUUGGCCAGCUUGGAAAAGGUCGAGCGAGAGCACAAGAGUGUGAAUGUCGUCAAGGAGACGAGUAGGACGUUGGGGAGUGUCGCCGGGAAUUCGAGUCGGAGUGCAGGAGGUGGUGGUUAUCAUCAUGCUGUUGCUAGACCUGCUAUACAUGCGAGAGGACGAGGAAGAGCACCUCAAUCGAAUCACAUAGCUCGUCCGACCACAUCUCACCUCGCUCCUCAACCUGUUUAUCGGAAUCCGCAACAACCUGCUGUCCAGCUUCAAGCUCAACCACAACCUCAACCUCGUCUUCAGCCUCAAGCACAACCCACUCGCCUGGCACUCAAACCAGCUCCUGUUCCUGUUCAGGAAGAAGAAAGCGACGAUGACGAUUAUGCCAUGGCCAUGGACGUUCUCGUUAAUGAGGAAGGGAAAUAUAUGGUCGUCCCGCAAGUUCAACAAGAUCGACCUAUUGCAAAUCUACCUAAGCCCGUCUCCUCGCCUUCGGUGCCACCUCCAGCUCCAGCUCUGGCUCCGGCUCUGGCUCCAGCUCAAGCUCCGGCUCCUGUGCCCAUCUCCUCGGACCGACAACUCGGCCGUUCGACCUCUUUGAACUUUGACUCUCAAUCUCAAUCUCUGCAACGGCAGCGACAACAACAACAACAGCAACAACAGCAGCAGCAGCAACAACGGCCAGGGUCAAGCAGCCAGGCGUACAAUUCGCAAGGAGCUGGAGGGUCGCAAUGGAAACGGACGAUAAGCGCUGAUCAGUUAGCUAGGAAGCAGGCUAUCGCAAAGGCUGUAGGAUCGGGUUCUGCUGCAGGAGCGCUCGGAUCGAAUGCUGUAGCUGCUCAGGCUGUCGCUCGACCGAGUAUCGUCAACUCUGGCCGUCCUAGCGAUACAGGACGUGCUCUGCCAAGCGUCACGAACGAAGCUGCUUCUGUCGAUUCGGGAGAGGCGGCUCGAUUACAAGCCGAGCUGGAAGCUCUAAGGCAGAAGCUGAGGGAGACCGAGUUGAAAGCAGAGGAACAGGUCUUGGCUUUCAAACGGGAGGCUCAGAAACGGCAUGGAGAGGCCGUGUAUGUGAGGACACAACUGGAUGAGGUGACAAGGAAGAGCGAAGAGACCAUCUCGGAGCUCAAGCAGAAUCAGCUUUCGGCGCAGGAGGAAGUCAAGAGGUUACAGACCGAGCAUAAGAAGCAGCUAGAUUCGGUUCAGUCGCAGCACACUUUUGACGUCCAUAACAACAAGGCUCACAAAUUCUUCCCCUCGCAAAAGACGGCCGGAAUGGGACGCAUGACUCCAGGUCGUGGAUCGUCGCAAUUCCCGCAACCGAUGGCCCCGUUUCAAACCCCCUCUCGAUCUCCCGGACGUAGCCAGCGUAGCCCACGGUCGAAUCGCAAGUGGCAAGCCGAACUCAUGCCACCUCCACCUCCUCCAGCCUUUGUCGACCCGAACCGGUUCAAGACACCUGGUCGUGCUGGCACGUCACAGCGUAAAGGCAAGGACAGGUUGGACCUCAAACCCGCGGCGUCACCGAGUUUUAGCAACCUGCAAGACUCGUUUCAUGUGGAUCCGAAUGUCGAAAUGGAUCGACUCAGCAAGAGAGCCAAACAGACGCACGUCGGGUCUGCUUUGCCGCCGUUUGACGAGGAUGUGCGAGGUGGGGAUGCCAAGUCGUCACCGCCGUACGAUGGAGGAUUUGCCCUGGACCUCGACCCGAUGCCCUAUCGACCGGCGCAGGCAGACGAGCCGGAGCAAUUUCAGAUCGAGCGUAGUGAUGCGGAUCUGCGAGGCGAAGUCAUUCAUGUGCUAUUCGAGCACGCUUACGUGCCCGCCGAUGGCGAACCUGAACGACCUCACAUUACUACGAUUCAACGGCUUCUCAACGUUCAAACCGCGCAUAUACUGCCGGAUAUCGAGCAGGGCGCGUACGACAUCGCCUGUACUGGUCUCUGGGAGGCGAUCGGUGACAAUCGCCUGUCUGCCAAAGAGACUUGCGCCGUACUGGUCGAGAAUUUGGUGGACGCCAUGGUUAUCCUCUGCCGUUGCAAUUUGACCCUGCCGAUGGUGGCCAUGAUGCGCCUCGUGGUUUACAUGGCCCAUAGCUUGUCCCUCUUUGACGACCUACAAGAACGCAUCGCCAGCUCGAUCCCGGGCGACCAGCUCGUGGUUAUCGCUCGAUAUUGCAAGCAGGAUCGUCCGGCGCAAGUUGGAAAGACCGUCGGGGCCAAAGCAAGCACGACCAAGAUAGUUCCUGCACGCACGGUUAAAGCCGCAGCCCGUAACGACGAUCUGGACAAAAUCGACACGCCUGAACCGGUCAAGGUGGAACCAGUCGAGAUUGGGCGUGCGGUGAUCGCUCUGGCAAGUGUCCUGGGCGUCGAUCUGAAUCCGCCUUCGGAAGUUCUGUCCACGUUCGUGUCCGAUCUCGCGGGUCUACAACUGCUCCUGAAACCGGAUCAGCCUGUGGAUCUGGUCAUUGACGCCAUCGACCUGACCCUGGCGCUUAGUAGCUAUCCCGACUUUUUCAGGCAGCUGUUGGUGCUGAUACCGGCAAAUGGAGCGAAGGAUUCAAAUUCGAGCGAUUCGACACGGCCGCCUCUGGUCGAGCUACUUUGUGGCUAUCUUAGGACGAGGCAUCCCGAGGCCAGCGACGCAAUCAACAACAUGAUUCAACUUCGCGUCUUGUGCAUCUUUUCCACCAUGUGCUCGGUCGAGUCGGACGCCCUCACUCUGCUUGCCAAUAGCUAUUUCCUGGUUCCGACCCUGAUCUCGUUUCUCGUCGACCAGUCCGAAAAGAUCUGGGGGGUGGCGACGAGCACGGAGUUGGUCGAGGAAUCGCUUCGGCUACUCAUACCUGCGCUGUCAUUGCUCCACCACCUCGUCUUUCCGCCGGCGUUCGGUCCGGAUAUCCACGACCCUUCCGCAUCCACUCGUACCGGCGUCAACCUCAUGGAACGCCUGGCCGAGCUGUUGAAGACCCGCGAGUUUGGCAGCUUGCAUCAUUCGUUCUACACCGCGUUGCCUCGCAUCACUUAUGCCGAUAUCGGCGAGGACUUGGAUGGGUGGGACCCGGAGGAGCUCAAAGAUAUGCAGGACCUGGCCGGGGACAUCCUCGAAGGCCUCAUCGAUGCCCCCGAAGAGGGAGACGGGAUUCUGGAGAUGUAUCGCCCGGUGAACGAGAUGGAAGCCGGUCUGCGAUCAACCGACGAUCAAGAUGUCGAAAUCAUCGAAAGCAUGGGCAUCGAUCCGGGUCUAGAGGACGAGACAGAGGCGCGGAAUCUCGCUAGUCCCGUGGAGGAUCGGGGGCAGGGUCGGUAGACGGGGUAUGAAGCGAUCAACAAGGUAUAUUAUCAUUAUGCUACAAGGGAUACAUGCAUGUCAUUACGUAGAUGCCGGAGACGAUAAAACUAUGACCCCUCCGCUUCGAC